AUGGCUGAAGCUAAGAUGGAUUUGAGAUUAUGGCAGUUCGGUCCGGUAGAAGAAAUAGAAAAGUUGUCAACUGAGAACAGAAGUUUGUUUAAAGAAGAUCUUACAACUCCAGUUUCGGUUUUGGGGAUUAAAUGGGAUAGAAAGGAGGAUUGUUUAAUGAUCUGCAAUAAAUUUGACGCUGAAACAGAAAAUCCUACUAAACGGAAGAUCUUGUCUAUAACACAAGGUAUUUACGAUCCCAUCGGUUUUCUCAUCCCAGCAUUGUUGCCAGCCAAGCUAAUGAUUCAGGAGGCCUGGUCAGCUAAGUCAGAAUGGGAUUCCCCGCUUCCAGAGAAGAUCCAAAAGGACUUUCAGAAAUGGUAUAGUGAAUUGAAACAAUUAUCUAACUUGAAGGUAAACAGACGCAUAGGUUACGGAAAUAAAGAAAAAUGGUCUAUACAUGUUUUUUGCGACGCGAGUCAGAAUGCAUAUGCAACAGUAAUUUUCCUGCGCUGUGAAGAUAAUAAUAGGAUUUCGGUACAGCUUCUAGGAACAAAAUCUCGACUUGCGCCAAAAAAGACUUUGACAAUCCCGCGUCUAGAACUUCUUGCUUGUGUUUUGGGAGCCAGAUUAGCAAACUAUAUUCGUGAGGCUCUGGAUGUCCCUACAAUACCAGUUUAUUACUGGACGGACUCUUCAACGGUUAUAGCAUGGAUACGAAGAAAUGACCAAUGGGGUACUUUUGUGGGUAACAGAAUCAGAGAAAUAUGCAAACUCACAGAAUCAUACCAAUGGUAUCUUGUCCCAGGUAAUCUAAAUCCGGCGGACCUGCCAUCUCGUGGUUGUAGUCCAAGACAUCUUAUCGAGACGAGAUGGUGGGAGGGACCAAAAUGGUUAAAAGACGAAGAAAAUAAUUGGCCCAAACAGGUUCCUAAUGAAGAUUUAGUUAUGUCAGAAAGAAAGAAAACUGCAAUAUCAUUAUUUACCUGUGCAAAAGUAGAUCAAUUCAUGAAUUAUGAGAGAAUUUCGAAAUUUUGCAGAUUUGUAAAUAUUAUUUGUUGGAUGAAAAGAUUCAUAUCCAAAUGUAGAAAUAGAAAUUAUUUUUUCCCAUCUGAGCUCUCGAUCGAAGAAAAGAAAGAGGCAGAGAAGUUCCUUUGGUCAAGAAUUCAGUUAGAAAAUUUUGGUGAUGUCUCAGGUUACUGUCAAAGGUCUUGUUGUUGUGAAAGAUCAAAAUAA